CUUUCCUUGCCUUCUCUUAUCCUUGCUCUGCAUCUCAGAGCUAUUUCUUCUCUUCUUUUGCAACCUGUUCUUCGUCUUGCUGUACAUUUUUCGGUUCCCUUUUACUUUUCUGUUUGGAUCUGACAGGAACGAAACCGUCACUCACCGUGUUACUUUUUCUUUCAAACACAAAACACCCUUAACAGGUUUCCACAAUGUCUUACGGAGGUGGAUAUUAUCGAGGUGGUGGCGAUUCUUAUCGCGGUGGCAGUAACGGGUAUUCCAAUGGCUACCAUGGCUCUUCUAAUGGCUACGGAGGAGGUUACAGUGGCGGUUAUGGCAGAGGAGGCGGUGGUGGUGGUGGUGAUCGGAUGUCCAACCUUGGUGCCGGUCUGAAGAAACAAGAUUGGGAUCUGAGCACCCUACCAAAGUUUGAAAAGGCUUUCUACAAAGAGCACCCUGACGUGACGAGUCGCUCCCAACGCGAGAUCGACGAGUUCCGGAAGGAGCACCAGAUGGCCGUCCAGGGAAGGAAUGUCCCUCGCCCAGUCGAGACUUUCGAUGAGGCCGGAUUCCCGCAGUAUGUUUUGUCCGAAGUCAAAGCUCAAGGCUUCGAACGCCCCACUGCCAUUCAAUCUCAGGGCUGGCCCAUGGCCCUCUCUGGUCGCGAUGUAGUUGGCAUUGCCGAAACGGGUUCUGGAAAGACUCUUACCUACUGUCUGCCAGCCAUCGUCCACAUUAAUGCCCAGCCCCUUCUCGCCCCUGGCGAUGGUCCUAUUGUGCUCAUCCUUGCUCCCACCCGUGAGCUUGCUGUGCAAAUUCAGGCAGAAAUCACAAAGUUCGGAAAGUCCUCCCGUAUCCGCAACACCUGUAUCUACGGUGGUGUGUCCAGAGGCCCUCAGAUCCGUGAUCUGAGCCGUGGUGUUGAAGUUUGCAUUGCCACUCCUGGUCGUCUGAUUGACAUGCUGGAAUCCGGCAAGACAAAUCUCCGCCGUGUCACGUACCUCGUUCUUGACGAAGCCGAUCGCAUGCUUGACAUGGGUUUCGAGCCCCAGAUCCGCAAGAUCAUCUCUCAGAUCCGUCCCGACAGACAGACUUGCAUGUGGUCUGCCACCUGGCCUAAGGAAGUUCGCCAGCUGGCUUCUGACUUCUUGAACGACUAUAUCCAAGUGAACAUCGGUUCGAUGGACUUGUCUGCUAACCACAGAAUUACCCAAAUUGUGGAAGUUGUGUCGGACUUCGAGAAGCGCGACAGGAUGAUCAAGCAUCUCGAGAAGAUCAUGGAGACUCGCACCAACAAGGUCCUCAUCUUCACCAGCACCAAGCGUAUUGCCGACGACAUUACUCGUUUCCUCCGACAGGACGGAUGGCCCGCACUUUCUAUUCACGGUGAUAAACAACAGAAUGAAAGAGAUUGGGUCUUGAACGAGUUCAAGACGGGCAAGAGCCCAAUCAUGGUGGCUACUGAUGUGGCUUCCCGUGGUAUUGAUGUUCGCGACAUCACACAUGUUCUGAACUAUGACUACCCCAACAACUCGGAAGACUAUGUUCACCGUAUUGGUCGAACUGGACGUGCUGGUGCUAAAGGAACAGCCAUCACUUUCUUCACCACUGAUAAUGCUAAGCAGGCUCGUGAUCUGGUUACUAUACUGUCCGAGGCCAAACAGCAGAUUGAUCCUCGUCUUGCUGAGAUGGCUCGCUUCGGCGGCGGCGGCGGCGGCGGCGGUGGUGGCCGUGGCGGCUACGGUCGCUGGGGUGGCCGAGGUGGUGGUCGUGGUCGCGGUGGUAGUUUCACUGCCUCCAAUGCGGCGCCUCUCGGUUCCAACCGUCGCUGGUAAAGAACUUCGGUGAAACUGGUAGACUAUUUUAUUUUCCUUCUUCCUAAUUCGUUACGCGCGGCGUUGGUCGAUCUCAUGAUAGACUGUUGACAUCUUUUAUCUUGUGGCCCUUGGGGCCGAUGCUUUUUAACGUGUUCCAGGUCGAUGCUACUGUAGCAGGCCGUAUGUUUAAUUUUGUUAAAAGCUUUCAAGUUUUAGCCCUGAAGGGCGUGGUUAGAUUAUUCGACUUGUUUGCAUGGAUUUAGAUUGAUGCCAUUAGGUAUUAAAUGUUACAUGUUCAGAGUUUAAUCCUGACUAUCUAUACCAUUGAUUAGGC